AUUAAUUUUCUUAAUUCUCACAACCCCAUUUCCAUUUUAAUUUACACUCUCUUCCCAUUAAGAGUUGGCCAGGUGAGCAUCUAAUUCAGAUUCCCUCCCGGUCUCCAUACCAUAUUAACUAAAAUCUUGUUUAUUACAUUGUUGUCUGUCAACUUCUAGAGCAAUGGUAUUGCCAGAAGAAAGUAGGAAAGCUGAUUAUGAUUCCCUGGAAAUCCAAUACCUGAAAGGAGUAAAAUAUCUGUUCGAGAAUGGAAUUGAGCACGUUCCUAAGAAGUACAUAUUGCCAGCUUCAGAUCGUCCCAACUUUGUAAAUGAAAGAUCACAUGGUGCUGACAAUUUCAAUCUUGAGCUGCCAAUCAUUGAUUUUGCCGAAUUACAGGGUCCUAAUCGGUCUGAAGUCCUUAAUUCUCUUGCCUCUGCCUGUGAAAACUAUGGAUUCUUCCAGCUGUUGAAUCAUGGUAUUCCGUACGAGAUUACAAGCAACAUGGUAGAUGUGAGCAAAAGGUUUUUUGAGCUUCCAUUUUCAGAAAGAGAGAAAUAUAUGUCAGCAGAUAUGGGUUCGCCAGUUCGAUAUGGAACAAGCUAUAAUCAGACAAAUGAUGAUGUCUUUUGCUGGAGGGACUUUCUCAAAUUGGUUUGUCACCCCCUACCGGAUGCCCUUCCUCAUUGGCCUUCUUCUCCAUUGGAUUUUAGGAAAUUGGCUGUUAGUUAUGCUAAAGAAGUCAAGUUCUUGUUCCUAAUGCUAGUGGAUGCCAUCCUAGAGAGCCUUGGGCUAAUGAACAAGAAGAAUAAGACAGAAGAGAACGACGAGGACGAGGACAAAAAUAAAGAAGAGGAUGAAGACGAAGACGAAGAGAUAUUAAAAGAAUUCGAAGAUGGAAGCCAGCUAAUGGUAUUGAACUGUUACCCUCCUUGUCCACAACCUGAUUUGACACUGGGAAUGCCACCUCAUUCUGAUUAUGGAUUCCUCACCCUUCUCCUCCAAGAUGAAGUCAAGGGAUUGCAAAUACAGCACAAGGAAAAUUGGGUUACAGUUAAACCCAUUCCAGGAUCCUUUGUCGUCAAUGUUGGAGAUCAUCUUGAGAUAUUUAGCAAUGGGAGGUUCAAGAGUGUUCUGCAUAGAGUACUUGUGAAUCAGAUGAAUUACAGGAUUUCAGUGGCUUCUCUGCAUUGCCUUCCUUUCAAAAGCAUAGUGCAACCAUGUCCCAAACUCGUUAGUGAAACAAAUCCAAGGCAUUACAUGGACACAAAUUUUGCGAGUUUCAUAGAAUACUUAAAAUCUCGUGAUUCAACAAAAGAGAAUUUCCUUCACUCAAGAAAAUUGACUUCAUGAACCAAAAUAAAUAAAUCCGAAAAAUUGGCGUAGACUUUUUGUAUUUUGACUUUUUUUAGUAUCCAUUAUAGAGAAAUUAAUUGUACGGGUGCAUGUAUGGAGUGCAGCAAUUGACAACAAACAUUAUUUGGAAAAAAUAUAUACAAUAACGAAAGCUUCAUUAAUGAAAUUAUCAUUUUUGUAUUGAUUA